GUCUGAGCGCGGUCGCGGUAUAGUCUGGUAGCUCGGGAUGAUAACGGGUCUCACAGCUAGUAUCUAACGAAAUUAUUCAAAUAAUUUAAACUUAAAUUAAAUUAAUAAAUAUUUAAACUGUUCAAGUGAUGUCGCAUUGUUAUAUUUUUUUUAAUUUUUGGUGAUAAGUGUAGUGCUGUGAUUCAGUGACCUGGGAGUCCCGUUGGCCGGUGUUUUAUCAAAUAUCAUUGCGGCUCAUCGUAUGGGAAGAAUUUUAUAGAUAUGAAGCGAGACAACCGUUCAGCGUGACAGAGUUUAUGGAACCAAACAAAGUACUCCGUGGUUAUUUUGGGAUGAUGAAGGUGACUGUCGAAGUGUGAGAACAUGUCACAUUCAGCGCUGGGGCUGGGCGGGGAGCGGCGCUAUUCGGUGCCGUCGAACCCCCUCCUUCACGACCCUCGCCACAUGCACUCCGAGGACCUGCACGCCUGGUCUAUAUAUAGGCAAAAUCUGAACUCAGACUUUACAGACAGCGCGCUAGGCAGCACCGACAAGAGUCCUCUGCCCUACGGCAACUUCCAGCUCAGAGAUACGACAGUGCAGUCCAUACUCUCCCAUCCGCGAUAUGGCCCUAAAUCUGCCCUUGGUUCAAACAUGUACACCUACCUGAAAUUCGGAUUACCUCGAGUUUUCCCGCCAAACCACAAUGGCUCUCAACGAUCUGGUACGCCUAAACCAAAAACUUCCAUUGGGAGCGGCAUGAAAUCUGUACCAAGGGUCCAAAGACAGAGUCGAGGCGUACGCGAAACGUCAUCUGGGUACGAUAGCUCGGACAACGAAACCUCCACCAACUACAAGUACAGUCGCAAAUACCGCUCCGACCCAGAUUUUAGAAUGCAAAAUUUACAUCCAUCGUAUCAGCACGCGACGGGCGUGCCGCUGGCGGCGAUGCAGGCGGCGGGCGCGCGCGAGCAGUGGGGCGGCGCGCGGCUGCGCUCGCACAGCGAGGCCAACCUGCUGGCCGCCGAGCGCGCGCACCGCCGCCGCCCCAGCGCCGCCGACCUGGCGCCCGACAACGACCACCACAGUUACUUGAUGCCCUCAUCCCACCUCGGCGGCCGCAUGUCCAAAGCCGGAAGUCACUUAUCACUAGCACAAUCUAGGAAGCACUCCACACUACGACCUGGUGAUCAGCUGGAUGGUUAUACGCACUCGGCAUACAUUUAUCCCAAUUAUUACGUAAACAGUCUAGAAAUCACAUCUCCGGAAAACAAGUCGACUCUCCUUGUGUCUGGGCUAAGCUUUGAAGUUAAAUCUGGAGAGAUAUUGGCAGUCUUGGCUACGUCCCAACAUGAAGCUACUGGGCUUUUAGAUGUACUCGCUGGAGUCCGGAAGAAAUUAUCAGGUGACAUAGUGCUAAAUGGUCAACCGGUAGCUUCUUCUACACUUCGCAAAGUAGCAGCAUACGUACGGAAGGACACGUCGCUAUGUCCGUCGAUGACCGUAGAGCAUACGUUGCGAUUCCACGCAGCUUUGCGCAGGCCUAGACAUAACCAUAAUCAGAUCAAAAUGGAUGACAGGGAUCGGAUAAACCUUCUUAUAGAAGAAUUAGGGCUUGAACAAGUUCGAGACACAAAUGUGAGUCGGUUGACACGUUCAGAAAUUCGGAGACUUAACGUUGCUUGUCAGUUAUUAUUAGACAUGGCAGUAUUGAUACUGGACCAACCUACUAAAGAAAUGGACAUUUUCGACACCUUCUUCCUCGUGGAAUACUUGAGGAACUGGGCUAGUACUGGACGCGUCGUCAUAAUGUCCUUGCACCCACCUACUUAUGAAAUAUUCGCUAUGCUUACUAAGGUUGUCUUGAUAUCAGCCGGUAGGACAAUGUUCAGUGGAUACAGAAGAGACAUGUUGCCAUAUUUUGCCUCAAUCGACUACCCAUGUCCUGCUUUCAAAAAUCCAUCCGAUUAUUAUUUGGACUUAGUGACGCUAGAUGAUUUAUCCGCGGCCGCAAUGCUAGAGUCAUCAGGGCGUAUCGAAGCCCUGGCGGGAGUGUUCGCGGGCGCACAGUCCCCACCGGAGCCGCCGCCGCCCGUCCCGCUGCCAGCACCACUGCACCGUCCCAAUGCAUUGUUGCAAGCAUUCGCCCUUACCGAGAAAAGCUUGUUGUACACCCAAAUGACCACUCUCUCCAAUGUGAUUACGCGGGUAAUAAUAGCCGCUGUCAUGUCACUCAUCACAGGAACCGUGUUUUGGGAUCUGCCAGCAACUGAUGCUAAGCUUACACAGAACGAUAGGAUCGGUUUCCAUUACUCGGUAAUGUGUUUGUCGGCAUGGCCUUUACUACUGUGGCUGAGUGCUAGAGAGGCCAGCUCCAUGCGUCAUUACGUGGAAAGGGACGUUGCAGUCGGAUUGUAUUCAAGGACUGUGUUCAUACUUUUUGAUCAAUUCCUCGAACUUUGGUCUGCGGUACUAACAUGGCUUGCAUACUUGGUGCCAAGUUACGCGAUGAGCGGUUUGUACCCGCAGUCACCCGGCUCACUUGACGGUUUCUAUAUUUAUUUAGGGUAUAUGCUGCUAUACCUAAUCAGCAUACAGAUGCUUUGCCGUGCAAUGGUGUUCCUUGUGCCGAUGGAGAAGACCUCCUCUGUAAUAUCAGGCGUAGUUCUGCUUCUCACCACAAUGGUGAACGGCGUAAUGCUACACCAACAAGAUUUACCAUCGUAUUCCCGAUGGCUGGAAUACAUCUCCCCGUCAAGAUGGACUUUGCCGGAGAUACUACAGCGGGAGCUCAGUGAAAUAGCACUGAGAAGUAGCAUCAGUAAAGAAAUUAGAUGUACCAAUAAACAGAGACCAUAUCAAGACAUAAUAGUACAAUCGCCAUGCCCACCUCCAAACGGAACUCAAGUGCUAUCAAACUACGAGUACUUAAGAUCGGACAACAUAUGGGAGUGGAACCAGCAGAGCUUUCUCAUAGCUCUAGCUGUUUUCUACGCAGUUUUCGCUCUAGUCGCCAUAAUAGCUUUUGUUUUAGACUGUACUAAAUACGUUAAGAGUAAAGAGAGGAAGUCGUUAAAGGGGCACAAAGUAACUGUGAACACACCUUAAGGUGUAAUUAUAUGCGAAUUAAAAUUCAUGCUUUCUACAAUGUAGUCGUGCCGCUCUGUGUGAAAUAGAUACUGGAUUGUUUAAACCCCCAUUCACAUUGAAACUGUAGUCUGAGUGAAAAGAUGUUUAUAUUUUCGUAAAAUAUAUUUAUAUCGUAUUAGUUACGUUAACUACAUGUUCCAACUAGGGUUCAAAUUAAUUAGUAAAAGUUAUGUUUGCUGCACGCUACUAUUUAAGAAAUUAGUUUCAUUUAUAUCCAAAAAUUUAUAAAAAGUUCCAUGAAACUAUUUCUGCAAUGUUAGUGCGAAAAUUCAUCUAAUCUGUAAUCCUGAAAUGGGGUGGGCAGAGUUCAAAGGAAGCAAGCUGCCCAGACACAGGUAUCACAAAAAUGGCUUUAGCGGACCAUAAAGAAAAAUUUGUGUUUUAUGAUUCCCCAUGGAAUACCCAACUCUUUUAAUGUAAAUUAUAGUUUUAACAUAUUAUAUUGGUGCUGAACAGGUCACCGUUGGCAGAGUUUAGAUAAUCGAUGGUCAUAUUUGGUGCUACAUUAUAUCAUAAAUUGUAGCUUAAUUAUAUUUUCCAAAAAUAUUUUAGCCUACUUACAAGUAAAUCUAUUAUAAUUUAUUGUACAGAUAAACACGCCUUUGUGCCUGAUUUAAUAAAAUAAAAAUAUAGUCGCAAACUUAAUAACAAAUAAUAUAAUACGAUUAAGCAAAAAAAAAAUAGAAGAAACCCAAUGUUCAAAAUUUUGUUCCGAAAUAUCUUUUUCAACAAUUUUAUUUUUAGGAACCAAUGUACAAAACAGGUUUGUCAAUUAAAUUAUUAUUUUUAUUGUCCGUAUUAUUAUUGAAUAAUGAAAAAUAACUGAAUAUUGAAGGCUGACUAUAAUGUCUUCCGUCCAUAGUACUUAAUUAAAACGUUUGUAAGAAAUAAGUUUUCAAGUUAGUCUAAUAUUGCAACUUUUUUAUAAUCUGUAUUUAUCCUUAGUUUAAUAACUAUUUCUUUCUUCAUGUUGCGUCUUGUCUAUUGAUAUAGAAUUAUAUAUUUCUUUCUUGAAUAUUACAACAGCAAUUAUAGUAGGUAGAAAAUAAAUAAAUGUAAGUAUUCUUUAUUAAAAAGUUUGUAAAUAAUUGAGUGCCGAAUUUAUUAACGUUAAUUAACUCGCACUGCCUUCAGAUAAUGCUCAUUUGAUUAUUUUAAAAUAAUACAAAUUCCUUAGAAAAAAAAAAACUCAGGCUAAGAAGUUUUUUCGUAUACAUCACGUCGCAGGUCCGUUCCAUUCCGUCAUUCAAUAUAGGUUCACACUAGAGUGAACGAGAAUUAACGUAUGGGCGGUUAAUAGAAGAUACAAUGGAUACUCUCACGCACGCAGUGACGCAUGCACGCAAACGCGGUGUACACCUACAGUAUAGUCUGUUCGCUUAGAUACGGUCGCCUAUGUGUCGCGCCGCCUCAGCACGUGCCUCAUCUUGUCAAAGGCUCCGCCGCGACAUUAUAGGUCGCCGCGUGCGGCGUACACCCGCAGGAGAAUUAGGCAUUUUAAAACGAAGCGCCGUAAUGAAUAUAUUUAUAUUCGUAUAAUAUUACAAAGAAUAUAAUACGAUUUUAUUCUUAGAAAAGGAAAACAUUUAUUUAACAGUAAAAAUAAUAAAAUAAAAGCAAAAUAAUAAGCCGGGUGUACCGACACUAUCUUAGCGAACAGACUAUAGCAGACGAAGAAUGCCCUCGUCGGUAAUACUAAAUAUCUUCGGCUUUAAUAUAAUCGCAGAGUAAGGUUUCUUUACUCAUGUGAUAUAAUAUAGUUGUGUUGCCUGUCGAACUGUUGAGUCGAUAACGAAUCUAUAUAAGGUAUAUACAAAUAAAUGUUUCUGAUUGUCCCGCAUGUCUUCCUAAACUAUUAGUCCUAUCACGAGUAAACUUUGGCGAGUUGUUGAAUGCGCGCAUGUUUCUGUCAAAAAAGGCAUUACAACGCAUACCGGGCACAGCAAGUUAUUUAUGUGCGACCAUACUCAAAUUAUGUAAGUUUAUAUUUUUUACUAAAGUACCUGCGAUGUGACUGGUAUAUCUCAACGAUCCUAAUUUAUAUGUUAAGAUAUAUAAGUGAAAUGUAUAUGAGCCAUAAUAAAGAAAAAAUAAAUAAUUGGUAAGUUACCUUAGCAUGCGAUGAGUAUCGUGAUAUAAAAUAAAAAUUAGUUGUAAU